AGCGCGAGUAAGUUCAUUGCAGUCGCGGUCCGCAGUCGGUCGCGUUCGUAUCCGCGUCUGCGAUUUCGCGGACGUCUGCGUACGCGGAAUCUGCGUCCGUGAUCCACAGGCGAUCGAUCGACAGGCGAGGUGUCUUCACUCGCGAAUUCGACCAUUUCGAAUCGCGGGACCACUUCCCCAUUCCGACGCGAGCGUGUCGCGACUCGGAGAGCAGCUUGAGUUAAGUCGAUGGCCAUUCGUCGGACGGCCACUACCCUGAAACCGGUCGAACGAACACUUCCGACGAGGGCACCGGCAGAUUCGCCGAGAAUCCCGAAGGCGACGAGCAAAACGGCGAACGAGCACGGACUGUCGUUGGGCUCGGCGCCGGCGAAGACCACGACGAAGAUGGGAGCGUGCGACGCGCGACAGGCCCGGACGCGUGGCGGCUUGAUUCUUAAUAUCGUCGAGUGAAGAACACGUCGAGGACGUGGCGAGUCCUCGCCUUCAGAGCCACCCUUGUCAAGGCGUCACGUCGCGUCGCGUCGCGUCGAGUCGAGUCGAGUCGAGUCGAGUCGAGUCGAGUUGGUGCCGGCCGGUGCCAGCCAGUCUCGUCGGAGCACGCGAAGUGGUCGUUUCGUAGACACGUGGCUCUCGCGCCGCGCGCUCGUCACGUGGAUCAUCGUGCAAGAUGUGAGCGACAACGAAGCGGCGGUCCACACGUCGGUGCACAUUCGAUGAUAUCCGGCGGCGGCGGGCGCGUCUUCCUGCUGGUCGAGUGACACGAGAGAUGUUGGCAUAACAGCGACAUGGAGACGCUGUACACCGGCGCGAUUCACGGCUUCCCGCAGCCCGGCGGCGGAAUAGCUAAUGGCGUUUCCACGGGUAUCGCCAGUCCCUUCGACCAGGACGGUGUGCUGAGCCUCAUCGUCGUCCUCGGAGGAAGUCUGUCUCUGGUAGCCCUGGUGUUCGCCUUCAUCACCUAUAGCCUCUUCUCUGACUUAAGGAGCCUGGCAGGCACAACCCUGAUGAAUCUUUUGGCAGCCCUAUUCAUGGUACAGCUACUCUUCAUCGUGGGAGCCGGAGGAGUACAGGACUCGGAGCUCUGCAUCUCGCUCGGCCUGAGCCUGCAGUAUCUGCGGGUGUCGGUGCUCUGCUGGUUGGCGGCGAUGUGCCACCACCUGUACGCCACUGUGGCAUCGAUACCGCGUCGCGACGACCCGCCGACGUACUUGAAGUACAGCCUGUUCGCCUGGGGUGCGCCGCUGGUCACCCUCGGCUUAGCGACCUUCCUGCAGAGUCGCGAGGGCCACGAUUUCUGGAACGUCAUCGAGCUCACGCCCUUCAAUUGCUGGUUCCUCGGAGUCAGGGCGACAGUUUACGCGUACGGCUUACCGGUCAUCCUGCUGCUACUGACUUCCGCUUACUACCUCGUGAAGGCUGCGAUCGUGUCGAGGUACACGUGCAGCAUGCAGCUGGAGAUCAAGCAGCGGGAGAAGAUGAAGCGGAGGCGGGCGCUGCAACUGAUGCUCUUCCUGAAGAUCAGCCUGAUCGUCGCGGUGGUCGCCGGCUGUGGGGUCGCGUCCAGGGUCCUGAAGAUCCCCUUCCUCUGGGCGAUCUUCUGCACGGGCCAUUCGCUUCAGGGAUCGGCGGUGGCACUCUCCGUCGCGUGUAACUGCAGGGUCCUGAAAGUCUACGCCAGGAAGUCGCACAAGCAACCGGAGCAUCAGAUCGCGAAAUCGAGCAGCAGCAUGCAGCUGCUCGCACCCGCGCCGGAUCCAGUUUAGACGAUCUCGGCGACGGUCCUUGGCACAGGAUGGACACGAACGAAGAGGAGGACCGACAAUAGCGACGGCUGGUGUCUCUGUCCACGUGGUGUAACUGUUUUUACAUCGAGACGUUCCCUCGUAACUUUCGUCGCUCCCGCGCGACCCGCGGGAUGACGUUCCUUUGUGCACGACGUGCGAUUCCAGUUUCACUUAUCGAUCGCUUCAGCUUCGAGAACUUGGUCCACUCGAUGUUUAAAGUAACGAAGAAGUUCGUAGCGAAUCCGUGACCCACAAUCCGCGCGGAGGCUCCGCGCUAGGAGAUGUAAAUGGGACAGUAAAGCAGUAUUUCGGAUACCGUGAGGAGAGAUUUUUCCGCAAAACGCUCGAUUCCAUUCGACGACGUGUGUUAUUUAGCAUGAACCGUAAGUCUUUCCCGCGAGUCUGGAAUUCCAAAACUCGCGCGACGGAUCGCGGAUAAGAGAGCAAAGUCGUACACGCAAAAUCGCAGGGCCCGGCACAUAAUCCCGGCAGAACAUUAAACAUCAUUUGGCCCGCCAUUGUUCCGCGGCAGGCUCGAACGAGCCGGCAAUUCGAUCCCUCUCGCAUGAGCGCGUAAGCCGAGCUGAUCCGCUCGCCGAUGGCACCGUAAUCAUUAUCAAUCAUGCCCAACGUAAACCUUACGUCCCGUAUGAAUCCUAAUUUCGACGAUUCCGCGUGUGCCGGCCCCGCAUGGGCUUCAAUCAAUUCCCCGCUGAGACGCGUCGCGAGUUUCUCGACGCGGCGCGGCCGGCUCAAGCUGACACAAAUUGACGCGCGCUAAUCGUAAAAUAUGAGAAAUGAAGAUUACACCGUGCGGAAGAAAAAAAUUAAUAAAAAAAGAAAAGAAAAGAAGCAAAAAGGAGCCAAAGGAGCACGCGAAAAGGCGAAAGUUUUCAAGUGAAGGCAGCGUUAUGAACUUCGUCGUACUUUCCGAAGUAACGUUAACAGCCCGUAAGAUAAACUGCAGCCUGCUGAGGCGUCGAGGCGCGAAGGAUUAAGUUGUUAAUUAUUACCGGGUGCGCACGAUUAAUAACUGCGCGACGUGCGGGUUUGUCAGAUAUGCGGCAGAUUCGCCGGGCGCUAAAACGUAGCCCGGGCUCUAAUUAGAGGAAAAUCAAUUAGCGGGACCAACGUCCCGCUCCCGGUCUCCCUCUUUAUGUUUGGCGAACUGCAGCGGUCGAUUCUCGAAAAUCCAAUCGCACGCAGUCGCGUCGGUCGAGCGAGAUCCCCGAGCGCAAUCUGCAACUCGAUUAUGACGUAUGACGUCGCCCAAUGUUGCAAUGACAUAAUGUGAGCGAAACGGAAACGACGAUCCGACGAGCGGUCCCCGAUAUCGUGACGGAGAAUUUCGCGCUCGACCAGCGAGCAAUGCGGUGCGCGGUGGUACGCACCUUGUACGAUAUGCAUAUCGCAUUAAAUAUGCUACUAUCAGCUGCUGUGUGUAAUUCUAUGCGUUGCGCGAGUGUUUCAUUAACAAUCGCCCCGUAAUUAUUACCCGCGCGUACAGCGUCGUCGCCCAAAACGCUUCGGUUCUCGGAAUGUUACGGAAAUGUAAUCACGUAAUUGAUACGUAAUCAUGUGGAUGACCCAUUUUACGAAAUCCGUCUAUAUAAACACACACACACACACACACACACACAUAUAUAUAUAUAUAUAUAUUUAUGUGACGCAAUUCAUUCGUUUCAUUACUCGCGUGCAUUUGAUCAAUUUCGACAUGGAGAAUCGUUCUUCCGCGCAACGCUUUAAAUUCGCCGAGGCCGCCCGAUCGGAGAGAUUGAAACCCAGCCGCCUACGACGGAAGCUGAACACGCGAGCGGGAAAAUCGAACGUUUUCCGAAUAUUUCCGAAAAGUGGAUCGAAGCUGAAGCGUGACGUGUGCUACGUGCAAGUAUGUGUGUAUGUGUGUGCGCAUGUAGGCGCAUGUCCGAUGGUGCCCGCUACUGCGAUGGCCGUUACUAUGACUUUCUCAAAGUGAUGGAUACCAUAGGUUAAAGCGACGUCGUACACCGUAAUUCAAUUUGUAGAAGUCACUUAAGGGAUGAAGGGAGGGCGGAGGAGGC